GUGUCACUGGACGCUCGUGACAGUCAGCUGAUCCUGAGCUGUUCGUCUCUGAUAAUCAGUCUUAUAUCUUGUCUACUUUUUUUAAACACACAUGUAAUAAUUCGCUUUUAUUCGGUAAAUAGCGAUGUCUGGACCGAACGGAGAUCCCGAUGUCUCAGCUGAUGACGGAAUCAUCGAGGAUGAAGAUGAAUUCAGUGAAGAAGAAUACGCAGCGAUCGACUCCAUGCUGGACCAGAUCAACUCCUGUCUGGACAACAUCGAGGAGAGGAACGAGGCCCUGAACGGAAAACUGCACGAGCUGCUGGAGUCCAACAGAGAGGCUCGGAGAGAGUUCAGAGAACAGCUUCCUCCUCCUCCUCCUGAUGAAGAGCCAGAGCCCGCUGAACACUAGAGGAACAAACCAUCUGUCGACUGUCUAAACUGUGCUGUAUUACAUUAAAGCCUCUAAUGGCUUAUUACUUUCAUAGGAAUAUGUUAUUAUAGAGUUAUUAUAGUCAACUAUAAAUAUAAAAGCUUUAGGGAUGCAACAAUACAGUUAGUAUUUAGUUAGAAUAGAAUGGAUUGGCCAUUACUGAGCGCUAUAAUAAACAGGUAAUGUGUGUUUCCUUCAUACUGGACACUAGAGGGCGCCCUCGCGCAGGAAAUACACGUGCAUCACAGAAGUAAUAGAACUGAUGCCCUUCCAGGAAAUCUCUGGUAUAAAGGCAUCUAUUCACUGUAACAGAGUAAAAAUAAGAUAUAAUGUUUAAUGUUUCGAUUGAUGUAAGGACAAUAAACACUCUCCUGUGACAAUA